AUGCUAGGACUCUAUAAGGUCACACAGACCCCAGAAGACCCAAGCAAUUGUACGAUCAUCAUGGAAUUCUUCCUUAUGGAGUUUUCCAGCACCCGAGAGGUGCAGGUCUUACAUGCUAUUCUUUUCUUGUUGAUUUAUAUUGCAUCUUUGAUGGGGAAUCUCCUCACUAUUGCUGCCAUUGUCACUGACCCACACCUUCAUUCUCCAAUGUAUUUCUUUCUGAGCAACUUAUCCCUAGUGGAUCUUGGUUGCAUCUCAGUCACUCUUCCUAAAUUCAUUGUGAAUUCCCUAAUAGGCAAUCAAUCCAUUUCUCUCCAUGGCUGUGCUGCUCAGAUUUUCUUCUUCAUCUUCUUUGCUGCAACAGAAUUUGCUUUGCUUGUGGCUAUGUCCUAUGAUCGCUUUGUGGCCAUCUGCCACCCCCUUCACUAUGGGGUCACCAUGACCCCACUCCGCUGUCUUUGGGUGACAAUUGGUUUAUGGAUUGGAGGGGUCCUCUAUUCAGCUGUGCAUACAGGAAACAUGUUCCAUUUGCCUUUCUCAGGAUCCAAUGUGAUCCAUCAGUUUUUUUGUGAGAUCCCUCAUAUCUUGAAGGUCUCAUCUUCUGAAGUUCGUGACACCGAGUAUGUCCUCCUUGCUACUAGUUCAAGUUUACUUUUAUUCUGCUUUGGAUUUUUAAUUAUAACCUAUACUUAUAUCUUCUCCACUGUAUUUAGAAUGCCCUCCGUGGAAGGACGCUACAAAGCCUUGUCUACCUGUUCACCACAAUUUAUUAUCCUCCUCUUAUUUGUUCUUGCUGGCAUUGUCACACUGUUGGGUCCUAUAUCAGACACUUCACCAGUCCAGAAUCUUCUAAUUUCAAUGACCGACACAAUAUUGCCUCCAUUCAUGAACCCCAUUAUUUGUAGUCUGAGAAACAUGAAAAUCAAGGUUGCACUGGAUUUGGUAUCCUCUAGUCAUGUUGUUUCCAUAUGA